AUGUACUUCUUCCAGGCACUGAGAGAUGGUGAGAGACCUCACUCAGCAUUGCAGUUUGGCUUCAUGUUUGUGAAGCUCUUACAUCAACAGCAAGUCUUUGCCGCACUCAAUGUCCAGAACACACUGACUGUCCCAGAUAAGCCAAUGAGGAGCAUCAGGUAUAUGAACAAGGAAAUCAUAAACCUCAAAAAAGACCUGAUACGAAGUCGCAACUUGAUUCGGUCUGUGAAGGCAGGCCAGGGAUAUUUUUCCAUUCUGAGGGAGGAGAAUGAAAUGAAAAAGAGACAACAGCAACUUCAGAAACUGAACGAGGAAGAAAGGAACAAAUUCCAACCAGCCCAAAAGAUCUCAGAAAUCCGAUAUGGGGAAACCUUAUUGACCACAAAUGAUGAUGAGAAGUUUAAGAAGUUGGGGGCUACAGCCAUCCUUUGCCCAUUUGUGCCUGCUCACAGCUGCAUCAUCUCACCCGUGCUACCCGAGGCUCACGUGGAUCCCCUCUUCCGCCAGCUCUGCGCCCUCCACUGGCUUCUGGAGGCCCUGACUAUCGACCACAACCACUAUACCAUGAAUUCGGUGAUCGCCUGCUGGAAUCCAAAGGACCCAGGUGGAAGCAAGAGCACGAUUAAAAAAAUCAGUAAGGACAAGUUCAUGGGGCAGAAGUGGGAGCAUUUCGUCACAGAGCCAAAGACCAAGGAAUUCAAAAUCCCUGUAAUGCAAACCACCAGCCACAAAUCAAGUCAGCGAGGCUCCACACGCAAUCUGACUCGGAUCAGUGCGGGGUCAUCCACUCAGAGCAGCAUGGUCUCUGUGAACCCAGGUUCAGAUGAGCUCCCAAGUGUGGCCACCCCAGUGGCUGGCAGUAAGGACAUCGAGGAAAAUGAGUCGUCUUCAACCAAGUCAGACGAAGAACCUCUGCAUUUCCAUCUGCAGAAACUCCUGGAGAUGGCUUGGGAAGACGCCCGGAGGACAAUCACAGAAAGUGGCAUGCAAAGAAAAGCCCCCAGCAUCUUGCCAGUGCUCAAACAAAACAAGAGCGAUUCUGCCUUUAAGGACAUGCAGACCACCCACAAGUCAAGAACCAGCAGCACAAGUGGAGAAAGCCACAGCCUGCCAGACCCGAAUAAGUCUAAAAACCGUGCCAGUCGUGAUAUCAUCCACUGCAAAGAUGGGGUGUGUAACAGUUUGAGGACCAAGUUCUACAGCAUUGCCCGUGAGGCCGGCUUCUGCCUGCAGGACAAGUUGGAAAUACUCAGGAAGCACCAAGAAGAAAGAGGUAUCCAGAAGUUCAAUUCUUUUUCCCUUGUCUCAAACUUUCAAAAGGAUAUAGCAAAAAUGAGACAUCAAGUAUUUGUAACAAAAGGAGAUGCGGAAGAAAUUGCAGGCCACUGGUACUUUGAUCUCUUGUCCAAACUGCCCGAGGAUCUGAAGGACUUCCGCCCUGCCAAAAAGAUCCUGGCAAAACUGCAGAAGUUUGGGGAAAACCUGGACCUGAGGAUCCGACCCCACAUCUUCCUGAAGGUGCUGCAGGAUCUGAGGAUCUGGGAGCUGUGCUCGCCUGACAUCGCUGCGGCUAUCGAGUUUGUGCGAGAACACAUCAUCCAUAUGCCUCAAGCAGAUUACAUCAGCUGGUUGCAGAAGCGAAUCAGCAUGCCUAUCCAGCCCUACAGUGCCCUGACAUAG